AUGGAAGAACGAAAUGGUGGUGGAUGGUCGGAGGUCCGACGAAGAAAACAAGUUCGGAACUACCAUCAGAGCAACAUAAUCACAAACAUAUAUGUCUCUGGGUUUCCUGGUGAUACAAGGAAGGAUGAGCUAAGAAGGUCGUUCACAAGAUUUGGUAACGUUGUCGAUGUCUACAUGGGAAGGAAGAAAGACUCACACCAGAGGAACUUUGUGUUUGUCAGAUUCAAAGGAAUCAAGGAUGACAAGAUGACAAGUCGUUCCAACUUUUUUACUCAUGAGGCUCCCCCACAUCCUCCCCACCCUCCCCCUCAACAUAACAGCGAGUACAGAACAUUCGCCCAAGUGGCGGCAGGAAUCAAAGACAACCCCUUACCGCCAAUACCCCUCAACUCAAAAACCUCCAUGGGAGAAUGGAUUCAAAAAACUGUCCUAUUUGGUGAUGCUCACAGUCUAGACCACAUUGGCAACCUCCCAACAUUGUCGAUAGGGUACGUAAGCACCAAGUAUUUGGGGGGUAUACAAAUGGCACUAUGUUUUGAUCACUCUGUGGAAGCCGAUGAAUUUCUGAAUGACAAAGCUAGAUGGAGGGACUGGUUCACAAGGUUGUACAGAGGGGAUCAACAGGAAAUCAAAUACGAACGUACAACUUGGCUAAAAAUAUUGGGACUUUCGUUAAGACUUUGGGAUGAAGACAACUUCUCGACAAUAGCAAGUCUGUUUGGAAGAGUCAUUUACCCGUUUGAUGGAAUACACAACCGUCGUGAUUACUCUAUGGUUGAAUACACCGAUGACUGGUCGCCAUUUAAACGUCUUCCGUUUGACAAUGUGAAAGAAUACUCAGACGAGGAAAAUGUAGAUGAUGAAGAAGAGGAUGAUGACGGUAUCCUGGAUACCUGGAUUCAAGAGGUAAAUAACGAGUUGGAGGAUGGAGAGAUUCGUACAGAUGACAAUCACCAACAGAUAGGACUGGAGGCUGUAAGAUCCACAAUCAGCGACAGAAAUGAUGGAACCGACUCGUCGGACAAAGCUACCGGAGUUGACAACAGUUUCACGAUGAUUGUACCGCCAACCACCUCUCCAGUUCCAAUCUUGAUCCCAACGGUCGAAGUGGGUGUUGCAUUAAAUACUACAUCGAAUGUUCCCCAUAUGUCACCAACGUUUUACAUCCCCCAAACAUUGGAGAACACAACACGUGUAAAGGUGAUAAAUCUGGAACAAAACACAUUCUCCUUUGCGCCUCCACCUAAUCAAUCCUUUACCUUGGACCAGACUCCCUCAAAACCCCAUUUCUUUGAAUUUGGCUCCUCGACAUUAUUGGUCCCUACAGGCUGUUUUGGGCCAUUCCCAUUAUCCAAUAAAUCCCCACGUGAUUUUACUCCAACCCACACAAAACACUCAACUCAAAACUCUGGAUCCAAUGGUGGAGGCCCAAAGAGCAAAAGAAGGAAAAGAAAUAAAUCUUGCUCAUGCUCAUCCCCGACAUUCACAGAUCAUUCAUUGUUCUCUCCUGCUGCGCAAAUGGGGGCCAGUAGUCAAACACAACCGAUUAACCUGAAUGAUGUUCCUCAUUCUACAAGUAAUUCGACGAGCGCUACUUCCUCUAGUGGUGUCGACGGCUCCCCCUCUUAA